CGGUCCUUGAGCUUAAACGCCGUACAGAAGAAGGCGAAACUGAUCUACACAUCGUAAAUUUUCGAGUAAUCAAGAAGGGUGCACGAACCCGUAUAAGUCGGUUGAUCAACCUCCAGGCACGUCCCGCGGUGCCUCUCAGGACCUCCGUGCUGCAUUCACAAACAUCUGUAGCCUUAUGAACAAACGGGAUGAGCUGUGUCGCUUCUUUGCCUCUGAGCGACCAGACGUCGUAGGACUGGCGGAGACAUGGCUAACUUCUGAGGUAAUGGCAGAGGAAGUCGAUCUCAGUGGUUACACAUGCUUUCGCUGCGAUAGAAUAUCAAAUCCUCGUGGUGGUGUCUUACUUUAUAUACGGUCUUCCCUGCGUGGGAGGCUAGUAAGCAUGUACCGAAGUGGAGAUGGACUGUGUGAACAGGUAUGGUGCUCGAUCAACCUCAGGCGCGGCAAGCUGACAGUAGGUGCAUUCUACCGUAGCCCUCUGAACCGCUCUUUAGAUUGGCUACCGCAUCUUCGGAACAACAUGAGUCGUCCAUGUUUUCUACUCAUGGGUGACUUCAAUUGUCCCCACAUUCAAUGGCCUGAACUCCAACUCAUGCCCGGGUGUUCUGAAGUCGAAUCAAAGUUUGUUGAUUUGUUGCUUGAAACUGGGGCAUCGCAACACAUAUGCCAACCUACGCGCAUGACGUCGCGUUCGAACCCAUCGUGCCUUGAUUUGAUGGUGACGAAUUGCGAACAGCGGUUGCAUGACAUACGAAUCCAGGAGCCCCUAGCUAAAAGCGACCAUUCCGUGCUGAUAGCCACUAUGGAACUGAACUUGCCGAGUGUAUCUCCGGUAGAACCAGCUUACAACUACUGGAAAACUGAUUUCGAUGGAUUAAAUCGAGCAGCGAUCCAAAUGGAUUGGUCUCUACCACAUGUUACAUCCGUGGAGGACGGUUGGACAGUAAUAAAGGAAGGAUUGGUUUCGCUUUGUUCUCAGUUUGUGCCGUUGAAAUUUCAGAAAGUCGGACCAAUGAAACCACACUGGUUCGACAAGGAAUAUGGUAGGCUGGCUCGGUUACGGCGAAGAAUGUGGGACGCAUUUCGCCUCUCUGGCUCCGCCACUGAUUACGAAGCAUAUAAAAGACAGCGAAAUAUUUGCAACAAAAUGAAAUUGAUAAAGCGCCGGACUUUCGAAGAAAAGCUUGCAACUGACGCGAGGAUGGCCCCAAAGAAGAUCUUUGCUUACGUGAAACGCCGUUUGAAGCCAAAAGGUGACGUGUCAUGUCUGGAAGACGCGGACGGACACCUGCUAACUUCCAGUUCCGAUCGCGCGUCCGCACUGGCCGCUCACUUCGCUUCCGUGUUUGCAAACGACGCGGCGUCCAUACCCAUCUCAGCGAGUAACAUUCCUGUAGAACUCAACAGUUUGGUUUGUGAUGUCGACGAGGUGCGCCUGCUACUUGCGAACCUUGACGGUACUAAGCCUGCAGGGCCUGAUGGGCUUCAUCCGCUAAUUAUCAAAUCACUAGCUGCCAUUAUCUCGCCUGCUGUUACGGAUCUAUUCAACAAAUCAUUGUCUGAAGGCUCAUUGCCAAACGACUGGAAGCGCUCGGUGGUGAGGCCGAUCCCGAAAGGUGGCGACCCCAGUAAGGUGGAUAACUACAGGCCAAUUUGUCUUACACCCGUUUUGGCCAAAGUGAUCGAGAAGCUAGUAAAAAAGCGUCUAAUACAUCUGUUGCAAUCGAAAGAACUUCUGACACCGGCACAACACGGAUUCAGGAUGGGAUAUUCUUGUGUUACCAACUUACUUGUGACGAGACAGGAAUGGUUGCAAGCACUGAACCGGGGAAAAUCCGUCGACGUAAUCUAUAUCGACUUCAGCAAAGCAUUCGACAAAGUUAAUCAUGAAGUGCUUCUAGACAGAUUAAGGUUAUGUGGUGUCGGAGGAUCGUUACAUCAAUGGAUCCAUGAAUUUCUCGUUGGAAGAAAGUGGAGGGUACAGGUGGACGGCCAUCUAACCGAUUGGUAUCCCUCGACCAGUGGUGUACCUCAAGGUACGGUACUGGGACCCACUCUGUUUCUCAUCCACAUCAACGAGCUGCCCCAGCUUCUACGGUCGCCGUGUGCAAUGUUUGCGGAUGACCUCAAAAUUUGGCGAGAAAUUAGUACUCCCGAUGACUGUGACAUUCUCCAACAAGACCUCGACCGCCUCGCAGUAUGGUCUGCUGAAGUCCACCUACCGGUCAACCCGGCAAAGUCCCUAUUCAUGAAUCUCGGGAAGGCUGUUCACGGCCGAACGUACACCCUAGACGGCCAACCACUACAUCCCACACCUUCCGUGAAAGACCUAGGUGUACUCUCACGCUGCGACUUGAAGUCCGUCGACAACACCAACAAAUUGUAUCGAAACGGACUGCGCAUGCUUUGGGCGCUGAAGCGCAGCUUCUGCACUUGGUCUGAAGACGUCGCCACUCGCCUCUUCUCUUCCAUCGUCAGACCAAUGCUAGAGUACGGCUCGCCUGCAUACUGUCCGAUCACUCGCGGCGAAGCGCAAAAGAUCGAACGAGUACAACACGUCGCCACCAAGCUGAUCCCCGGCUUGAGAGGCUUAUCGUAUGAAAACCGGUGCAUGAACCUUGGGCUCUACACCUUGUCGUAUCGCCGUGUUCGAGUGGAUCUUAUCAUGACCUACCGUAUUUUACAUCUCGGUCAUUUCCCCAUGCUGAGGUCGUUACUCCACUUGCGAGUACCAUGCACCACACGUGGGCACAGGUACAAACUCGUGGUACCUGAUCUGAAGAAAAUCCCACACCCCCUGUGUUUCGAGCGGAGGGUUGUGCACGCCUGGAACAGUCUGCCAGAACACGUCGUCGAGGCCGAAUCUGUGCAGAAAUUCAAAUCUUUGUUGGAUUUGCACUUCGCUAACAUACGUUUCAGAGAACGGUUGCCACUUGACAACGAUAUCACCCACUUGUGACUCACUGUGUGAACAAGCAUUUUGUGUGCUACAUAGGGAGUUGCUGAACUAUCUCAGGAUAACCACCGGACGUGUUUAUUUAUUUUUUUAAAUGUUUUUGAUUAUCACCCGAUGGAGUUGUACAGAAUUAUUUUCUACUUGCUCCAAAAUACAGUAUUCAGU